AUGCCGCUAAAACUUGAAAAAGAGCCGGCAAGCUUCGACACGGUCGGCGUUCGUGAGACGUGCAAGAAAAGCCCGGCCAAUCGCGAGAUCAAAGCUGAAACGGAAGUGAAGAGGGAAGAGACUGUUGUUAAGAACCAGGAAAUCAAGUCAGAUGAGCCUAAAACAGCCGUCGAAGUAGAGCCGAAAACUGCACUUGGCGCGACGAGCAACUCCAAGUCUGCCAGCCGUUCAAACAACUCGAAUAAUUCGGAGGGAGUCGAGGAAGCUAACGACAAAAUCCCUUAUCAAGAAUUGGAUGUUAAAAGUGUCGCUGUGCAGAUCGAAGAGCCUCCGAAGCUUGAAGAAGCCCCACUCAUUGAGCAACCCGAAAAGGCGAAGGAGGGUAAUAACCUCUCCUGCUUUUCGUUGUCCAUGUUGAUCAUCGCUGUAUUCGUCAGCAUUCUAUGCGUCGGCUCGGCCGUCUACAUCUUUUGCUUC